AUGAGCUGCGAUUCAUUUGAUCCAAACAGAUAAAUGUUUCCUGCUAACGAAAGUCACACCUAUAAAAAUAUUAACUUAAAGAAUGAAACAUCUUUUUGUUUUGAAGAUGAUGAAACAAUUAAACAAGUAAAUAUACAAACCGGGAGUAAAAGUUAGAAAAAUUAAAAUUAUCCAAUUGUGGAAAUACAGAGCCUUGAACCAUAUAGCUUUUAAUAAGAUGAAUAAAAAAUAGAUAUCAACCAAUUAAGUCCUGAAGUCACAGGAAUGAAGAUUAGUGAAGUUUUUUAAGUUAAUAAAUAAGACAAGGUUAUUUAAAAACAAUAAGAUCAAAAAUGCUCAUUAUAUAUAUCUAAGAAAGAAAGCACCAAUAGUCCUAGCUUAAAUUACCUUUCUAUGAUAUAAGUUUAAAAAUGUGAUACUCGUGAUAUUAAAGUAGAAGUAUUAGAUUGUAGUGAUUAACAUAAAUAAUAAAGAAGAAAAGGUAUUUAAAGCAUGAAAAAUAAUAAAAAUAAUGGAGCAAUCCUAUCGCUGUUUAUGCUAACUAGAGUAAAACCCAAAAUAUUAAAUUACAUACAACAAUUUACAAGCUUUGGUAGAACUAGAUGCCUUAAUAAGAAUAUUAGCAGCAUAAUUAAUGAUCCAAUAGAUUAUGAAUUCAGUAAUUAUAAAUUACUUAACCACAGAAUCUUUUCUAUUUUGAUGUUUGAUUAGAUUAUUAAAUUAUUUUAAAUUAUGGAAAAUUUAUUUUUUGAUCUACUCAGCUUUAUUCCUCUUUUUAACCCAGAAAAUAAAUUGAGAAUUUGCAUAAAUUUAAUAAUCGCAUGUUAUAGCAGCUUUUAUUUGUACAUCACCUCACUCCAUAUUUUUUUUAAUGCUGAUUUCGGAAGCUAUGAAGAAUUAUUUCAUUAAAUAGCUAUUGCUGCUUGGAUAUCCGAAAUGCUUCUUUCAAUGAAUACAUUUUGCUAUCACCACGGCUAGUUUAUAACAGACCGAAAGCAAAUAUUUAGAAUCUAUAUCAAAGAAUAUUUUUUCUUCGAAUUCCUCCCUUUAAUUUUUGAGGGAAGAUAAUCAGAAAAUAUAUUUUACAACGUUUUGCUUCAUUUACCCCUACUUUUAAAACUUUAAGGAAUUUCGAUAAUUAUGAAUAAAAUUGAAUUCUUUGUUUUGUAGCACAUCAAAUAUCCUUAGUAUAUUUAAUUUCUAAAAUUGGUCUUUUAAAUUCUUCUACUGACUCAUUUUAUGGCUUGUUCUUAUUAUGCAUUUGGCUAGUUUGAAAAAUACAUUUUAGAAGAGAAGAAUGCAUGGUUUCUCAAUGGUGUAAAUGGUGAUAAAAGUGAGUGGUGGUAAUUAUAUUUUGAAGCAUAAUAUUGGGCAUUUUUAACAAUGAGUAGCUCAUUUUCUAUGUCUGUAAAUACUCAAUAUGAGUAAAUUUUUACAUCUUUUUGGAUGCUGAUUUCUUGUAUCUUGUAUGCCUUUUUGGUUAAUAUGAUUGGUGAUAUUUUGAGAGAAGUAAACUCGUAAUCUGAAAGCUUUAAAAGGAAUCUAAAUAUAUUAAAUAGAUAUAUGAAAAGAAAGAAGGUUAAAAUAGAACUAUAAAGGGAAAUGAAUAUUCACUUAAAGAAAAAUUAUGAGCAUUUUAGCAAGAAAUCUUUAGAAGAAGAAAAGGAAGCUUUAAAUUAGCUUGGAAACGAAAUGAAAUAAAAGCUGAUUAUUGAAUCAAAUAAAAAAUUUUUAUGUCAAUUUCCAUUUUUCUAAUAAAAAUUAUCUACCUAGUCUCUUAAUUUACUCUACACACACCUUGAAGAAGAAACAUACAUAAAAGGUGAAUAUUUAACUCUUAGGGAUUAGCACAAUGACGAUCCUUUUCUCUACUUGAUCGUUAAAGGAGAAAUUACAUUGAUGUAUGAUAAAUUUAACAGCGAAGAAUAAAAUAUUAAAAAUGAAUAAGAUGAAAACAAGAAUGUUUAUAUUGAUAAAGAUGAUAAAGAAAAAAUAAAUUUAAAGUAGUUUUAAAAGUCUUCUAUAUUUAAUUUGAAAGAAAGAACACAAAAAUAAAUUAAAAGACUAGGAGUAGGGAAAUGUAUUGGCGAAUUUGAAUUUUUUACAAACUUAAAGUAAAACUAUAUUGCCAAGUGUUCUAAAAAAUCAAUAGUAGUUAAAAUCGUAAGAUCUUAGCUAAUUUAAAUUUUGAAAUAAAAUGAUUAAGAUUACGAAAAGUUCAAAUUAUCUUAGGAUCUCUUAGCCUUUAAAAAUGAUUUGUCUCAAAUUUAAGAUUUAAAUUGCUUCUUUUGCUAAAGUGAUAAACAUCUGUACUAAGAUUGCCACUUUGUCCAUUUUUCAAAAAUUAAUCCUUUUAUUAUUCCAAAAUCAAAUAAAUCUGUAAAUUAAGAGAGGUAAAAGUUUGAAAGAAAAAAGAAAUCCUUAAAAUGGACAGUAAAGAAAAGAAACGAAGAAUCGAAAUUAGAAUAAACUGAGGAUAAUAUGUCGACUCUAAGGUAUAUUUCAGAAUUUUAAGAACAAAUUAAUAACGAAAGUGAAGACCAAAAUAAUUCAGAAAAAAAUAUUGAAUAAGUUCCUCAUGUUUCGAAAAACAUGAUAUUUAGUAAAGCUUCAGACUGCUAUUCUUUGACAUAUAAUAUCUAAGAGGAUUAGCAAUAGAAUGAAAUAAUUAUUUAAAAUAGUUCUCAUAUUACUCCGACACGAUUAAGAUCUAAAUCAAAAAUGUGUUCUUUUAAAGAAGAGACAAGAGAAGAAUAAUAAUAACAUAUAGAAUCUCCAUCUUAUUCUUCUUAAAUGAAAGAAUAUGCAGAAAAAUAAAAUAAUUGUUCAGUCUUUACCAGUCCUUUAAUUGAAGAGCAAAAACAAAUGAAAGAAGGUUAAGAAGAAACGCAUAAAAGGCACUAAAAGAAAAGUAAAUUAAAAAAUAUACCUGAAAUGAAUGAGUCUACAUUUAAUAAUAAUUAUAAAAAGCAUCAAACUUUAAAAUAAAUACAUUUAGAUUAAUAGAAUUAGUAUGCAUCAAUCGACCUAAUUUCAAAUAAAAAUCAAAUUGUUGAUUAAAAUAAUUAUAAUGGAAAAUUUAAUGAUAAAUAAAUAUUUGCAACUUGGAAUGAGUCAUUAGCUUACUGGCUUUUUGAUAAAUAUAAAGAUUACACUAUAUAUUUUCCUAGCUAUAAUCAUAAAGAAAUCAUCAAAAAAAACAUGAUUUAAAAAAAGAAUGUUUUCAAUAAAAAGAAGAAAAUAAUAGUUUAAAAAUCAAAGGUGUCUCAAAUGGCAACUUUAAAUUAACAAUGA